AUGGCUUCGAGCAUUCUCCCAUCCAAAUUCGAUGGAGACGAUAUUGUCGCAUGGCUAAGAGAGUUUGAUGCGUGCGCUUUAGCCAAUGGUUGGAAAGACGAGGACAAAAUUGAGAAAUUGCCAGCGUUUCAACGAGGACGCGCAGCUACACAUUUCUACGCAACCCCUGUCGCUGAAAGAACUACAUACGACGCCGCAACAAAAAAGCUAAAGCAAGCCCUGUGUCCGCCAGUUGAGAGGGAAAUCUAUUACGCAAAAUUUGAAACCCGAAUGCUUCGCACUGGUGAAGAUCCGUCGGUUUACAUGUGGGAGUUGGAACAACUUCUAGAAAAAGCCGACCCCGACCUCGCU